AUGGAUGAAGAAUCUACUGAGCAAGAUAUCUCUCGUUUAUUCCGAAUUCGACGGACAAUCCUUGAAAUGUUAUCGGACCGGGGCUACGCAGUGCUAAAUUCAGAGGAAGAUCUUCUUCAACCGCGUGAAGUUUUCGCUCGUGAAUUUAUAACUCAGAACUACAACAGAGAAUCCCUUACGCUCUUGAGGCAAAAGAAGGAUGAUGAUAAGGACCAAAUAUACGUUUUCUUCCCAGAAGAAAUCAAAAACAAACCCCUGGGUGUCAAACCUCUCUUGGAAAGAGGGAAAAGAAUGGAAAGGGAUGGCGUACGUCACGCGAUUAUUGUCUUGGAAACAGGUCUCACUCCGUACGCGAAAAAAACUGUUGCCGAGCUCAACUCUGGAGACCAGGCUCGAAUGGAAAUUUUUAUCGAAAACGAACUUAUCGUGAACAUAACCAAACAUAUUCUUGUGCCGAAGCACGACGUCCUUUCUGCCGACGAGAAAAAGGCGUUGCUCCGACGCUAUAAGUUGAAAGAGAGCCAGCUGCCGAGAAUUCAGAAAACCGAUCCGAUCGCAAGAUACUAUGGGCUUACUCAUGGAAACGUUGUCAAAAUCACCCGGCCAUCAGAAACUGCCGGGCGAUAUGUCACGUACCGGUUGUGUGUGGGAUAG